AUGGGCUCAGCGUCCUCCUCGUACAGGGUCAUCUACCUGGAUGUGGACAGCAGGAUUCAGAAGGUGGUCUUCAGCCGCUUCUGCAGCCCCUGUGAUAUCAAGGAGCUCUUUUGCACGGCCAUGGGGUUUCCCAGACCGUUUGCUGUUUGUCCUUUUGUAGAUAAAGAAGAACUUUUUCAGAAUGUGUUGACUCAGGUAGCGGAGCAGUUCUCCAGGGCUUUUAAGAUAAAUGAGCUGAAGAUUGAUGUGACGAACCGCUUGGCCAUGCUGGAAAAAAGAGUGGAGUUGGAGGGGAUGAAGGUGGUGGAGAUCGAGAAAUGUCGUAGUGACAUUAAGAAGCUGAGGGAGGAGAUGGCUUGUCGGAACAACAGUGGUUUUCUGGAUGACAACAAAAAGCAGACGCCUCGUCGAGAUGUGCCCUCGUACCCCAAGUAUCACCUGUCCAAGGAGACGAUAGACGCUCUGAGACAGCCGGUCUUCGACGUGUGGCAGUGGGAAUCCAACGAGAUGCUUAGUUGUCUGGAGCACAUGUACCAUGACUUGGGUCUGGUUAAAGACUUCAACAUUAAUCCCAUCACCCUGAAGAGAUGGCUGCUCUGCAUUCAUGACAACUACAGAAACAAUCCGUUCCACAACUUCCGUCACUGCUUCUGUGUCACACAGAUGAUGUACAGCAUGAUCUACCUCUGCAACCUUCAGGAAAAUUUCACACAGGUUGAUAUUCUGAUCCUCAUGACGGCGGCUGUGUGUCACGACCUCGAUCAUCCCGGAUACAAUAACACCUAUCAGAUAAAUGCCCGGACGGAGCUGGCCGUGAGGUAUAACGAUAUUUCUCCUCUGGAGAACCACCACUGUGCCGUAGCCUUCCAGAUCUUCUCGCAGCCUGACUGUAAUAUCUUCGCCAACUUCGACUCUGAGGCCUUCAAACAGAUACGGCAGGGAACUAUCACUCUGAUACUAGCUACAGACAUGGCUCGACAUGGGGAGAUCCUCGAUUCCUUUAAACAGAAGGUGGAGAACUUCGAUUACACCAAUGAGGAGCACGUCACUUGUUUAAAAAUGGUGUUGAUCAAGUGCUGUGACAUCUCGAACGAGGUCCGGCCCAUGGAGGUGGCCGAGCCCUGGGUGGACUGUCUGCUGGAGGAGUACUUCAUGCAGAGCGACAGGGAGAAGGCAGAGGGAUUACCCAUCGCUCCAUUCAUGGACAGAGAAAAGGUCACUAAGCCCACGGCUCAGAUCGGCUUCAUCAAGUUCGUCCUCAUCCCCAUGUUUGAGACGGUGAUGAAGCUGUUCCCUCAGAUUGAAGAGGUCAUGGUUCAGCCACUUAGAGAAUCACGGGACCGAUAUGAAGAACUCAAACAGAUCGACGAUGCCAUGAAUGAGGUCCAGAAAAAGAAAAGUGAGAAUCUCACCAUGGGAGGAAAGAAGAAAUAAGUGUGACGAUUCUUCUCCUGGAGGUUCAGUAGUAGUUUGAAGAGUGGAUGAAUGUAGAAGGAAGUGCUGGUGAACUUUCCAGACAAUCCAAAGCCUCUUUCAGGGAACGUGAACUGUGUUCAACACACUCGGUGUUUUAUUUGAUAUUAUUCUAUAUCUGCCUUGUUUUUAUUUGGGUUUUAUAUGAUAUAUAUUAUUGAGGUUUGUACAGAUUUGUAGUCACGCUUUGUUCUUUAAUACAAAAAUAAACUUUUAAAUAUAAAAUGAA